GGGCUAAUCGACUCGCUCGGCAAUGGUUUUUCACGAGAAUCAAGAUGGCGACUCUUCCAUUAGCGCCAACUUAUUUAUUCUUUUAGAUGCCUAUAUUAUAAUCAAAUAGCCUGUUCUGUCCCCGAUUCCGCAGGGUUUCAAUCAUCAUGAGGACCAGGAGCACCGUUUGCAGCGGGAAUUGACUUGCUAAAGACAAUUACAGGAGCCGGCGAGAUGUGCGAGAGUUAUUCCCGUUCGCUGCUGCGGAUUUCGGUGGCGCAGAUCUGCCAGGCGCUGGGCUGGGAUGCGAUUCAGCUCACAGCUUGCGACUUGCUCUCAGAUGUCCUGCACCGAUACAUACAACAGUUGGCCAGAGGCUGCCAUCGCUACUCGGAGCUCUAUGGGCGGACCGACCCGAUUCUGGACGACGUGGGCCAGGCCUUCAGGCUGCUGGGGGUCAACCUGAACGAGCUGGAGGACUACAUCCACAACCUGGAGCCCGUGGCGUUCGCCCACCAGACCCCCCUCUUCCCCGUCAGCAAGAACAACGUGCUGCAGUUCCCCCAGCCCGGCGGGCGGGACGCCGAGGAGAGGAAGGAGUACAUUCCGGAACACAUGCCCCCGCUGGUGUCCUUACAGGAAGAGGAGGAAGAGGAGCAGGUGCUUCCUGACAUGGGCACGUCGGCCGAGGCCAUGCAGGUCCCUCUGGAUGAGGAGGAGGAGGACAUGGAAGAAGAUGAAGCCGUCAACGAUGAGAACUACCUGGGCAAGAGACACCUGGACAGCCCGGACUCCAUGGACAUGAUGCCCGUCCUGAAGAGGCCCCGCCUCCCCGGCUUCAAGUCGGCGGACAGCCCGGAGUGGGGGGUGGAGCCCCGGGAGCCGCUGAGCUCCCUGAACCCGCAGCGCACCCCCGCCAUGCUGUCCUCGCUCCACUCCCACGACAGCUCCGGCUCCCUGACCCUGUCCCCCGAGCCGCCUGGGCACGCCCCCUCCGCCAGGGCCACGCCCCCGGCCGCGCCCAGGUCGGCGGACUCCAAGCCCCUCCCCACGCCGAGCCGGAAGUCCAAGAUCACCUCCCCCGGCAGGCCCAGGACGAAGUCCCCCAAGAGGGCCAACGCGGGCCCUGCUUCCGGCAGCCCCAUACGCUCGCCCAAAGCGGCGCAGAAAGAGAGGAAGAAGUCCCCGGGCCGAACCCGCAGCCCCAAGAGCCCCAAGAGUCCCAAGAUGGGCCCCGGCAAAGCGGGCCACCCGCCGAGCAAGGCGGAAGCCCCGCCGAAGGCGACCCUGGCCGCGCUGAGCGAGAAGAUGGGCAAGGAGAACCUCCACCUGAGGCAGAGCCCGGCCGCGGUGGCCGAAGUCAAGAAACAGCAGCUGGCGGAGGAGCAGCUGAGAAAGCUGGACCUCCCCGACAACACCAUCGACGACUCCAUCGACGCGGUGAUCGCCCGGGCGUGCGCCGAGCGCGAGCCCGACCCCUUCGCCUUCUCCUCGGGGUCCGAGUCCGAGAGCGACGUCUUCUCCAGCCCGCGGAGGCUCACCAUCUCGGAGCCGACGACGCCGAAGCUCACGAUCAGCGCCAACAGCUUCGGCAAGGACACCUCCACGCCUCUCCCCAUGAACGCCGUCGGCGCGUUGGGCCCCAGCAACUCGUGGACGAUGGACGACUCCAUCAACGAGGUCAUACGCAAGGUCAACCAGGGAGGCCCGUCGGGGACACCCCCCAACACCACCUACCUGUCGUCCCCGUCCGCCUCCCCCCCGACCCCCGAGCCGCUCCUCAAGGUGUACGAGGAGAAGAACAAGCUGGCGGCGUCGGCCGACGUCAAGAAGAAGCUGAAGAAGGAGCUCAGGACGAAGAUGAAGAAGCGGGAGAAGGAGAAGCAGAAAGAGAAGGAGAAGGACCGGGACAAGGGGAAGAGCAAGGAGAAGAACCGAGACAAAAGCCGGGACAAGGACAGGGAGUUCUUCAAGGAGGCCAAGCUCCCCUGGAAGGACUUCUCCGCCAAAGACGACGACCAGCGGGACCUUUUCAAGCCCCGGGACGCCGACGAGCCGGCGGCGCCUAAGGUGAAGUCUCGAGACGGCGGCGGCUCCAGGAAGGAGAAGGACAAGCACAAGGACAAGAAGAAAGAUAAAGAGAAGAGCAAGAAGGAUAAGGAGAAGAGGGACAAGGGCAAAGACAAAGGCAAGGAGGAGAGGCAGAAGGGGUCCUCGGCCGGCCUCGCCCUCAGCCUGAAGGAGCCCCCACUGUCGCUCUUCAGCCCCGCCGCCUGCCUCCGCCUCCCCUCCAUGCUGCCCCCGCUGCCCCCCAUCCUCCCGGACAAGGACAAGACCAAGGAGAAGGACAAGAAGAAGGACAAGAAGGAGAAGAAAAAGAAGAAGGACAAGGAGAAGGAGAAGGAAAAGGAGCGCGAGAAGGAGAAGGCGAAAGAGAAGGAAAGGGAAAAGGAGGAGAAGAAGAAAGAGAAAGAGAAGGAAAAGAGGGAGAAAGAGAAGGAGAAGGAGAAAGAAAAGCACAAGUUGGAAAAGGUGAAGGUGGAGCCCCCCGUGGUCCUGCCGUCUCCGGUCAUCCCCAGACUGACCCUCAGAGUGGGCGCCGGCCAGGACAAGAUCGUCAUCAGCAAGGUCGUUCCCACCCCCGAGCCCAAAACCCCGUCGACGCCCAAGACCCCCGCCGCCAAAUCUGGACCUGCCGGCCGGGCCCGGACCCCUCCCCCCGCCCCCAUCCUCGCCCCGGUGGCGCCCCCGGCGGCGCCCACCCCCCUGCACCCGCCUCCCAUGGCGCCCCCGGCGGCCUCCCCCGCCCCGGGCCCGCCCCCGCCCCCCGCCCUGGCAGCGGGGGGGUCCUCCAAGACGCCCGUGCGCAGCGUGGUGACAGAGACCGUCAGUACCUACGUGAUCCGAGACGAAUGGGGUAACCAAAUUUGGAUCUGUCCUGGGUGCAACAAAGCGGACGACGGGAGUCCGAUGAUCGGAUGCGACGACUGUGAUGACUGGUACCACUGGCCCUGUGUCGGGCUCGUCGCCGCCCCCCCGGAGGACGUCCAGUGGUUCUGCGUGAAGUGCGCCGGCAAGAAAAAGGACAAAAAACACAAGAAACGGAAACACAAAGUGCACUGAGACCAGGCCCCGGAAACAGACCCCGCCCCUGCUUCCCCACA